AUGAGCAAGAGCUCUUUAUCCUCGAUCUCUGGUUCUGGUGGAGGCUCCGGUGGAGGCUACGGCGGCGGUUCCAUCGGGGGAGGAUCCCGGGGGGGCUACGCCGGCGGUUCCAUCGGUGGAGGCGCCGGUGGUGGCUCUGGUGGUGGCUACGGCGGUGGUUCCAUCGGUGGAGGCUCCGGUGGUGGCUACGGCGGCGGUUCCAUCGGUGGAGGCCCGGUGGAGGCUACGGCGGCGGUUCCAUCGGUGGAGGCCCGGUGGCUACGGCGGCGGUUCCAUCGGUGGAGGCCCGGUGGAGGCUCCGGUGGUGGCUACGGCGGCGGUUCCAUCGGUGGGGGAACAGGUGGAGGCUCCGGUGGAGGCUACGGGGGCGGUUCCAUCGGUGGAGGCUCCGGUGGUGGCUACGGCGGCGGUUCCAUCGGUGGGGCCAUGGUGGAGGCUCCGGUGAGGCUACGGCGGCGGUUCCAUCGGUGGAGGCCCGGUGGAGGCUCCGGUGGUGGCUAUGGCGGCGGUUCCAUCGGCUACGGUGGCGGUUCCAUCGGUGGAGGCUCCGGUGGAGGCUACGGCGGCGGUUCCAUCGGUGGAGGCUCCGGUGGUGGCUACGGCGGUGGUUCCAUCGGUGGGGGCCAUGGUGGAGGCUCCGGUGGAGGCUACGGCGGCGGGUCCAUCGGUGGGGGCUCCGGUGGAGGCUACGGUGGCGGUUCCAUCGGUGGGGGCCAUAAUGGAGGCUCCGGCGGAGGCUACGGCGGCGGGUCCAUCGGUGGAGGCUCCGGUGGAGGCUCCGGUGGUGGCUACGGCGGCGGGUCCAUCGGUGGAGGCUCCAGCGGGUAUGGUCGCUAGGAUCAGUAGAACACAACAGAGAACCUGCAAGUGUCAGCGCAAACCAACACAAAAACACACACAUACACAGUUAUUCUUUGAGUCUCAGGUACAGAGACGAACAUUGUAGAAGAAUGUACGAAAGUGUGUAAAUAAAUCAUUGU